AUGGACCUCAGACCCAAGAAUCAAUUUGAUCCACGGGGACCUGACGCAGGCCGGGAUGAUGACCCUGAUCCCGCCAUCGGUAGAAUUUACAAGGUACCGGUGCUUAUUUUUCGACCUCUGGAACCUCGGGGAGUCAUGGGUAGGGGUUUACCCAUGCCUAAAUUCAAGUCCUCAACCGAAGUUCGACAAGAGGCCUCAUCCCGGGUAGAGAAAAUCUUCAUCAAUUACAAAACUUUACACGAGAUUGUGACGCGUCAUGAGGACCCAAUUCGAAAGCGCUGGUCUAAAAAAACCCGAGCGCAGAGACUGAAAAUUCUACUCAGCGCGUGGCCAAAUAUGCCAUCGAUGCAUUGUCCCGACUUUGAUGCCUUCCAAAGGAAGGCAACUUUUGACCGCGAUGAAGCUAACAAAUAUCGAGACUGUUUCAUGUGGCCCUACAUCAACCAAGAGAAUCUUCUUACCACCAAGGCGUCGCCUCUGUUGCUCAACGCCCGGGGCCGCCAUCCUCCUUCGUAUUUCGCCGCUGCCGAUAUGAAAGCCAUGUUUUUUGGAGCAGUCACUCGGGUCCUUCCGUCUAUUGGUCUUGCUAGGCAUACCAUGAUUUUGUCCGGUAUUGAAAAGAAUACCCGCGAUUAUGGUAGACUCAUGGCUUGGGAAGAACAUCCAGAAGCUGCUUAUGGGGUUUUCGACCUAAAGCAGUUCGAUCCUGGAGAAGGCCUUUUGAUAUUGGAGGCACAAGGGGUUAUUGAUGGCACUUGUUCAAUGCUGUCGAGAAGUACUUCGGGAUAUCCCAGACCCCAAAUUAACGAGUGA